AUGAAUGAGACUGACAUCACUGAAUUUGUCCUCAUUGCAUUUUCCGGACAUCCCAAAAUAAGAACAGGAUUAGCGGCUUUAAUGAGCAUCAUCUACUUAGGAAAUGUUGUUGGAAAUGGACUCAUUGUCUUCGUGGUCACAGCUGAUCCUCGGCUUCACAAUCCAAUGUAUUUUUUUCUUUGCAAUCUGUCCAUCAUUGAUAUUGGUCUUUGUACUUUUUCAGUUCCACAAUCUAUUGCCAACUGUUUGGUGGACAGACCUGUCAUGCCUUUUGCUUCAUGUUACAUUCAAAUGUAUGCUGGCAUAUACCUAGGAGGAACGGAAUGUUUCCUGUUAGCAGUCAUGGCUUAUGACCGGUAUGUUGCCAUCUCCAGUCCACUGCGUUAUAUGAUUAUCAUGAACUGGAGAGUUUGUGUUGUUUUGGCUAUUGCACCAUGGACAAUGGCCUUUUUGCUAGCUAUCGUUCCCUGUCUUGCAAAACCAGCCCACUUCUGUGGACACAAUGAGGUGGAUCAUUUUGCCUGUGAGCUCACAGCCCUCAUGAAGUUGAUGUGUUCAGACAUGGCAGUGAGCCAACUGAUCAUGUACUUUACCAGCACCUUCACAGUACUUUUCCCCUUCUGCUUGAUCCUUUUUUCCUAUUCACGUAUAAUUGUGACCAUUUUGAAAAUAGAUUCAUCUGGUGGCAGAAAGAAAGCUUUCUCUACUUGUGGAUCUCACCUGGCUGUGGUGGUGGUUUUCUUUGGAAAUGCUAUAGUCCAAUACAUCAAGCCUCAAUCUAAGGACAAUCAGGAUAGUGAUAAAUUUAUUUUUGUCUUCAAUGCAGCAAUAAUACCCAUGUUAAACCCUUUAAUCUAUACACUGAGAAACCAAGAUGUGCUGGGGGCACUUAAAAGACUGACACAGAAGAAACUGUAA